AGCGAGCUUACCAAUUGUGCACGAUGAUCAGUUUCCCUCUCGUUCAUAUUUCUCAAUAUUCCUUGAAAACUUCUACGCAGUGCCAAGAAGGCGUAUACAAACCUAUCACAUAGCAUUGAUAGAGCAAACAUCGCUACAUUACCCUUCAAAGAGCGAAGUUUGCGUCGCAUGUGAGUACUAGACCGAGAACAACAAACACAAGGGCGACAUAGCAAACAAGUUUGCAAAUCUUAAUGUUCCCAUUGAUUAGGGCCCAUGUCUUUCAUCGUGCAUCGUCCUCGCGCAUAUAUUUUGUAAAUCUGAUUCCUACCUUUUUUUAGCUUCAUCAAUCAUGAGCGACGGCGGCGCGACUGUCGCGAUCAUCAUCGCAGGCGUUCUAGGAGCCAUCUUGGCGUGGAUCAGUGUGCAUUUCUGCCGGAAAUGGAUCAAGAAACGGCAUGCCAACAUGGAGCGAGAAGAUCACCUGAAGGAAAUGCAGGCGGCGCAGGACGCAGAACGCGGGCGGGAUCGAAAGCGGAAACGGAGACCAAGAGAAAAACGUGAUGAUCGCGAGGCUCCAGAUUGGCAAGUGCCUGCUCCAGAGGUACGGAUGCCGGAGGAAUACAUACCUCAACCUCCUGUGGAAGAAUUACCACCGCAGCCACAGCAGCCACCACAGCCGCCGCAGCCGACGAUGCCGGAGCCGGUUCAUGUGGACUAUAUUGCGGAGGUUGAUGAACUGCCUGAGGUUAUAGCCGGUCUCCAGGGUAGAAGGGUGCACGAACGAGAUUGUCGAUCUUGUUCGACGGAUUCGUCAUCAUCAUCUUCGUCCUCUUCGGCUGCUCGACGCAGUCGAACGUCUGAUACGACAAGAGAGAGCCGAGAGAGACCACUUGAAGACAAUGAACCAAGACCAUACGUGCGCAAUCAUCAACCGAAUCCUCGACCGCCUCCAAGGAUGCCACCCCGAGUCUCCCAGGGCUUCAAUUUCAAUGGCAUGCCACCUAUGGCGCAGGAUACGGGGAGAGGCGGCCGGAGAGGCCAGAGAUGGAGGUAUGGAACUACCAGCCCGAGAGGGACGAGACAAGUAUUGAACCAACCAGAUAGGACGAAAAGGCGAAACGCACCGAGUAAUACUCCUCCGUGAACCAUAGACCUCUCGUGGGGCCAAACCUUAGAUCGUUAGUCUCACGGUUUGAACACUCACUGACCCACAUGUUUGCUUGUAGUGACGGCAGUCCCUGAAGAAACACCGACACAAACGAGGCAAUUCGAUGUUCGACGGCCUCCAAGCAAUGCAACCUCUGAACUAGUCGAAGAGCGCCCUGAGCCUCCGCAAACGGUUAUUCCAGAAUUUGGACGUUCGGCCCAACCCCCUCCAGAAGCAUCAGAGGUCGUAGACGAUAUCCCAAAGGCAGAAUC